AUGUCGAGCUUGGAGAUCAACUCCUCCUGCUUCAAUCUGGAGACGAAAUUGCCAUUAUCCCCCCCAUCAGUGGAGGGUAGUACCAUUGAGCCACUUGGGCAAAAGAUGAAUGAAAUAGAAGAGAAAGCAAAAGAUAUAAUAAAAUUCACUCCUGAGAAGCUUUCAGUUGAUGAAGUCUCACAGUUGGUGACUUCUCCGCUCUGUGGUGCAAUCUCCCUAUUUGUAGGCACAACAAGGAAUAACUUUGAAGGGAAAAAAGUCAUUAGCUUAGAAUAUGAAGCAUAUUUGCCAAUGGCAGAAAAUGAAGUCAGAAAAAUCUGUGGUGACAUUCGUCAGCGAUGGCCAAUCAAGCACAUAGCAGUGUUCCAUCGACUCGGUUUGGUUCCCGUGUCAGAAGCCAGCAUAAUCAUUGCUGUAUCCUCAGCCCACAGGGCUGCAUCCCUGGAAGCUGUGAGCUAUGCCAUCGAGUCUUUAAAAGCCAAGGUACCCAUAUGGAAAAAGGAAAUGUAUGAAGAGUCAUCAUCAUCUUGGAAAAGAAACAAAGAAUGCUUUUGGGCAACCUGUGAUUAAACCACUUCUAUUUUCAGAGCACUAAAAUUUAAAUCUGUUAAGACUUUCAUCUUCCGGAAGUCCCCGUCCUAUAACAAGUAG